GUAUAUUCACCCACUCUCUGAGGACAGUUAGUGUUAUUGCCUCCCAGUCUCUCUACACCCAUCGACAUCAUCCCAACCUCUUGGUCAUGGAGGUCCUGCUGGUUCGUCAGGGCACCUCCCAGGAGCCAAUCACAAUCAAGCUGGACAGUAGGUUCACGCCUCAAAGCGAUGACAUAGUGUUCCAUUCUGAACCGGACUACAAAGGAGCCAGUUACAUCCAGGGCCGUACCACCACGGCUGAAGUCCCUGGUGGCGUCUGUCCCAGCGUCCACAUCAUCUGGACCCCCAUCACCCCCUCCCUUACCCUGCUGCCCGACCAGGCCCAGUCCCGCUGGGGGUUCGUGGUGGCGGUGGCGGGCAGUCAGGACAGCGUACAGGCUCACUACGACACAGCUCUGGAGCUGAUGACCAAUGGGAACCUUCGUCCCUCGCACCUCCGGGCGUGGGAGGAGCUGUGGGCGGGCAGCACGCUGGAGCUGACUGGUCCGGACGACCUGAGCAGGGCUCUGAUUGGCUGCAUGUUCUACCUGCUCAGUGCCUUUCCUUCGUUACACGAGGCGCCCGGUCAUUUCGGCGGGGUCAGUCCUGGGGGGUUGUCUAACGGGGGGUCAGGACAAGACUACUGGGGACACGUGUUCUGGGACCAGGACACUUGGAUGUACCCCAGUAUUGGUCUCUUCUACCCUCAGUUAGCCCGGGCCGUGCUUGAGUACCGGGUGAGGACAGUGGAUGGCGCCAAGGACAAUGCCGAGAAGCAAGGCUACAAGGGACUAAAGUUCCCGUGGGAAAGUGCUGUGUCAGGGAGAGAGGUGUGUCCUGAAGAUAUAUACGGACAACAAGAGAUCCACAUCAACGGAGACGUUACUCUGGCCUUCCAACACUACCUCUACCUCACACAGGACAUGUCUAUGUUCACAGAGGGGCGUGGCAGCGAAGUGAUUUGGGGCGUGGCUGAUUACUGGGUUUCCAGGGUAACCUGGAGCACUGAAGAACAGGAGUACCACAUCUUAGGUGUCAUGCCGCCCGAUGAGUAUUACUACAACGUCAACAACUCGGUGUACACAAACACUGUGGCCAAGUACAGUCUUGAGUUUGCUGUGGAGUUGGCUGCCCUGCUGAAGUACCCUGCUCCUCAGGAGUGGCAGCAGGUAGCAGACAAGAUUAAAAUCCCUUUCGAUCAGAAGCAGAAAUACCAUCCUGAAUUUGACGGCUACAAAAAAGGACAAUUUGUGAAGCAGGCUGACACAGUGUUGCUAGGCUACCCCCUGGGUCUACCUAUGACCCCUGAGGUCAGGAGAAAUGACCUGGAGUUCUACGAGGCUGUCACAGACCCUGGUGGACCAGCUAUGACAUGGGUAUGGAGUGAAUCGUCUGAUGGUUCUGGGGCGGUGAACUUUCUCACUGGUAUGGGAGGAUUCCUGCAGGCUGUUCUGUUUGGUUACACUGGAUUCAGAGUACAGAAAGAUUGUCUGGCCUUCGCCCCUUCCAUCCCUGAGGACAUCACUCAGCUGUGCAUCCGGGGGAUCAGUUACCUGGGCAACAAGAUGGACUGGCUAGUGAGGGGACAGGAAGUUUACAUCAUACUGAGAGAGGGAGCAAAGCAUGCUGGGAAUACCAAACCCUGCGCUCUGCAGGUGGUCCUCAAGAACUCUGGGACCAAGAUCCCUCUUAUACCAGGUCAACACUCUUCCAUUUUACUCUCUACCAAGUCACACAUGCUGAAACUGAACCUUGAAAUACUCCUCAUCCUGACAUGA